CCCACAGUGCUGUUUGUCUGUCCGUUGCUGUCUGUGUGUCUGUGAACGGGGAUAACGUUGAUGUGGACACUCUGGGAAUAUCACAUCCAGUCAUGGAAUACCCAGGAUUAGUUUUAUUUUCGUCUAGGCCCGAGAACUGACUCCAAAAUGUCGAUGUUUCCCGCUGUUUUCCAGUUUUCUCCGGGAUGUGACCGUAUGAUGGCUGCGGUCCAGUGAACUGGGAGCACGUUGACUGGUCUGCCUGUUCAAUCCACCAGUUUGGGAGCUUGUCUCAACUGUUUCACUGGGAUUAUCGGAGCAUAUGGAGUGUACAUGAACAUUGGUCGGAUAGGGAUUUCAAACGGGGAGGCGAUGUGGGGAGCAGGGUGGAGGCGCUGGGGCCAGCCCUGAGGAGGCGUCCUGUGGCUGGGAGGAGCGUGGCCCUCCUGUGGCCCUCCUGCGGCGCUCCGGGACACUCCUACUAAGAUGUCCCUCAGCAGCGGCCCUGCAGGCGGGAAAGGUGUGGACUCCAACGCGGUGGACACGUACGACAGCGGUGAUGAGUGGGAUAUCGGUGUUGGCAAUCUGAUCAUUGACCUGGACGCCGACUUGGAGAAGGACAAACUAGAGAUGUCGAGUAGUAAGGAGGGAGGGGGCAUGGCCGCCCCUCCCAGUGCUGUGGCUGCUUUACCUGACAAUAUAAAGUUUGUUAGUCCUGUAGCAGCCAUGCAGGGCAAAGAGAGCAAAUCCAAAUCCAAACGUAGUAAAAACUCUAAGGAGAGCAUUAAGGCCCCGGUCUCCGACAGUGCUAAGAAGGAGGUUCAGGGUCGGGCCCCAGGGGACCCUCCAUCCCAGAACCCAAACUCUAACCCCUGUAAGGGAACUGACAAGUCUAGUAAACCCUCCCGUACCCUCCCUGCUGUGAAAAAGGACAAAGACGGGGUAUCUGGGAAAACCAAGAAGGAGAAAAUGGAGGUUGUGGCCACAGGAGUGGUCAACGCUGACAAAGAGCCGGUGGCACCCAUCCUGCCGUUAGGGGCCCCUCGCAGCGGCCCGUUUGAGGGUCAACAAAACCCUGAGCUAGCCGCAGCCGAGCAACUCGGGAAUAUGGCACUGGACUCGGCAGGGAUCGGCCAGCCUGUCACCAUGACAACAGAGCAAGAGGAGGUGGACAACAGUGAAUGCCGAAAUCUGAAGAAAGUCUGCGUGAAGAUGGAGUCUCCGGUCUCCACCCCUGCUCCUCCUCCUCUCCAUCUCCUCGCUCCCGUCGCCAACAGCGACAUCUCGUCUCCCUGCGAGCAGAUCAUGGUCCGCACGCGCUCGGUGGCGGUGAACACGGCGGACGCCUCGCUGGCGACCGAGCCGGAGUGCCUGGGACCCUGCGAGCCGGGCACCAGCGUCAACCUGGAGGGCAUCGUGUGGCAGGAGACUGAGGACGGCAUGCUGGUCGUUAAUGUCACCUGGAGGAACAAGACGUACGUUGGGACCCUGCUGGACUGCACGAGACAUGACUGGGCCCCUCCACGGUUCUGUGAGUCUCCAACCAGCGACGUGGAAAUGCGAAGCGGCCGUGGUCGGGGAAAGAGGAUGCGUCCCAGCAGCAACACACCGUUGAACGACAACAGCAACUCCUCAGAUAACAAAGGCAGCGGCAACAGCAAGACACGCGGCGCCGCUGCAAACAGCAAAGGUCGGCGAGGCAGCCAGACGGCCGGGGGUGUCGAGGAUGUCAAGGCCAGCCUGUCCUCCGCUAAGAGGAAGACCAAACCUGCCUCUGACAUGGAACCCACCUCCAGCUCAGAGGACACCAAGGCUUCAAAGCGCAUGAGAACUAACUCCACCGGCACUUCACUCCCCCUCCCCGGAGGUAAAUCUGAACCCCUGCCCCCUCCACAGCUGGACCGAACCUGCCCCUCCCCCGUGCUCAUCGACUGCCCUCACCCCAACUGCAACAAGAAGUACAAGCACAUCAACGGCCUGAAGUACCACCAGGCUCGAGCCCAUAACGACCACGAUGUCCGAUUGGACCAGGAUGGCGACAGCGAAUAUGGAGAUGACCCCGCCCUCCACCCGGACCCCGCCUCCUGCAACGGUGCCGCCAUCUCACCCGCCCGCUCCACCACGCCGAAAGGACGGGGAUUUGACGCCCCCUCCCCCUCACCAGGGAAGCUGACGUCAAAGGGGAAGAAGAAGGCAGGAGACGCUGAGCCGGAGGUGACGGACGGUGGCGAGGAGGGGGCGUGUCUGACAGACGAAGCCAGCAACGACGGGAUGGAUGACAGAAAGGCCAAAAAGAUGGCUGCCGGAGGCAAGCCAGAUAAACUGACCCAGAAAGGCUUGAAGCCGGCCCGACCCGCCGCCCCUGCUGCCCCCAGCGCACCCUCACCCUACGCCCUGCAAGCGUCCUCCCCUGCUCUGGGCUCAGUGGUACAGUCCAUCCCCAAGAGCCCCCAGCUGAAGAACAUCCAACCUAAACCCCCUCCACUGGCUGACCCCGCCUCCAGCCCCACCCUCACCAAGGACAAGAAGAAGAAGGACAAGAAGAAAAGGGAGGGAGGGAAGGAGGGGGACAGUCCAAAGGCCAUGGGUAAGGGAGGGAGGCCAGAAGAGGGGAAGAGUCCGUACUCGGAGGCGUCGGACGCUUUGCUCAACGGCUCGUCAGAAGCCCACCAGAGCCGGCUGGCCAGCAUCAAGGCUGAGGCUGACAAGGUGUACAGUUUCUCAGAUAAUGCCCCCAGCCCGUCCAUCGGCGUGGGUAGCAGGAUGGAGGCUGGCCUUGCUCCCCCCCUCCAUCUCAACCAAAACGGCGCAGACAAUGCGUCCGUCAAAACCAGCAGCCCCGCCUACUCUGACAUCUCUGACGCCGGCGAGGACGGAGAGGGGAAGGCUGAGGGGGUGAAGGUCAAAUCCGAGCCCGACCAAGGGCCUCGUGAAGGGGCCAAGAAGACACUGUUCCCCCCUCAGGCUCCCAGUAAGGAAUCGCCGUACUACCCCAGCUACGACUCCUACUACUCUCCCAGCUACCCCAACCCCAGCCCAGGGGCAGCACCUGCAGCACCGCCUCAUGUGGAAGGAGCUCAGGUGAAGGUGAAGAAGGAGGAGGAGCAGCCGGAGGUGGGGGAGGAGGGCAAGCUGAAGGUGGAGCCUCAGGAGGAGAGGAAGGCAGAGCCAGGGCCUCAGCAGCCAUCUGUCAUCCAGCAGCGCUCCAACAUGUACACCCAGCCUCUGUACUACAACCAGUACUACGUCCCCCCCUACUCCUACUCACCUGACCAGGCCUACCAUGCCCACCUGCUGGCCUCUAACCCCGCCUUCCGCCAGCAGUACGAGGAGAGGCAGCGACAGGCCGACAAGAAGGCCGAGGGCAAAGAGCGGGAGCCAUGUGGAAAAGAGGAGUGGAAGCAGAAAGCUUCGGUGCCCCCCACCCUGUCCAGAGCCCCCAGCCUCACUGACCUGGGCGCUAAAGGGGUGCUGAACCCGACCAAGCCAAAAGAGCCUCCACCGGCUUCAGAACAGGCCAAGUCGGUCAUCAUGGCGAAGGGAGAGGACCCCAAGGCACCCACCGCCCAGCCUGAGGGCCUGAAAAUGAAGUUGAGUGAAGCAGGGCAUCAUGGGAAAGAAGAGACCAAGCCAGGGGUGGAGUCAGGCAGGCCGACAGGGGUAGAGCCUGCCAUGUGGUACAGACAGGAGCCAGACUCACGCCUGUGGCCGUACGUCUACCCUAACAAAUACUCAGAAGCUCCAAAACCGCAGGAGGAGGACAGGUGGAAGGACGACAGGGAGAGAGAGCGCGACAGGAAAGGGAAGGAGGAGAGGCAGCGGACAAAGGAAGGCCUCCAGAAAGAGGAGGCGAAGGAAGGGGUGGAGGGCAGGACUCAGCUGCCUCCAGAGGAGCACCGGGGGGGAGGGAAGGAGGCUCGUCCCCCCCACAUGCAGUUCUCCUCCCCCCUGGCCCAGCACCAGGGCUACAUGCCCUACAUGCACGGACCUUACGCCUACAGCCAUGGCUACGAGCCCAGCCACCCCGGCUACCGAGGCAUGCCCUCCGUCAUGAUGCAGAACUACCCCGGCUCAUACCUGCCGGCCGGCUACUCCUUCCCCUCGUACGGAGGAAAGGUGGCAGGGGGGGAGGAGGGGGAGAAGCCCUCCAGGUCCAGUCCCACGGUGAAGCCGCCCGGCGAGGCCAAAGCCCUGGACCUGCUGCAGCAGCACGCCAGCCAGUACAAGAGCAAAUCCCCGUCCAUCCAAGACAACAAGACCCCGCACGACCGGGAGAGAGACAGAGAGCGAGAGAGAGACCGGGAGAGGGAGGGCGACCGCCCGCGGUCCUCACCCUCCCAACGCAUCCUGCCAUCCCAUCAUCACCUGGGAUAUCCGCUGCUGUCGGGACAGUACGACCUGUCCUACGCCUCAGGCCUGUCCUCCUCAGCCAUCGUCGCCAGUCAGCAAGCAUCCGCCCCGUCCAUGUACCCCCCCGCACGGAGGUGAGAACGGCACACCUGACUGGCUCCCCUCCACCUCAGAGUCACCGCCCAGAGUCAUGUGACCGGAUCACAUGAGGAAGCGUUUCUGUUUCAACAUCAGUUCAAUGGUGUUUGCGUAUGUUUGAUUUCUCUGCCUGGACGUCCAGCUGGCUGCUCCGCCCCUCAGGAGGAUGGAAGGCCUGAUACUGGUUCCGCUGGUCCUGCUGGUUUCUGACAGUACCAUGGUGCUCUGGUGGUGGGCAGCAGAGGUCUUGGCUCACAGACUGAGGACACAGAGGACCUGGUGGGUGGAGAUGUGUUGAGAUGCUGCUGAUGGUUGGAGGAGCAGCUGUUGUUGUUUUGGGGGCAGGUGGGUCGGACCGUUCUGAGCGGCGGCAGCGGUGGCGGGGGAGCUUUCAGAGUCACGAUGAUGUCCUGCUGCGGUCGAGGAAGGACGGGGCAGUCGCUUCCUGUUUGCCUAGCCUUCGGUUGUGUCGUUUUACAGCACAUUUCUGUGACGCCCUCUGACCCCCAGACUGUAUCCGCAGUGACCUCUGACCUCUGGACUCCGCUGGACGCCGUCAGGCUUUCACCUGGAAGCAUUGCAGCUUCACAGAAAAUAACAAUACUGUGGACGGAGGAGGACGGACCAAUCAGAGGGCAGUGUUGGGACUGAUGCUGCAGACUCCUCCUCCUCAGUGUGUAGCUGUACUGUACUCUGUGUGUAUGUGUGUGCGUGUGUGUGUGUGUGUAAAUACUGUACAGAGGAAUUAUUUUAAAGAGCCUGUUGGAUGCUGUUCGAUUUCCUACUCUUCUUUUUGUCUGGUAGCCUCGGCCUCUGUUUUUCUACUGUUGUCUGAUAUUAAACCUGUAGCUGGUGGA